AUGGCGGCCCCUGCAGUGAAGCCCCUUAUUCUCGACCCCAAGUAUGACGAUUACGAUUUCCCCACCACCGCGCCGGAGCCGCAGCCUGGCCACCCGGGCCACACCACGCCGGAGCAGGAUGAGAAGGUCAAGCAGCUCCGCUCGGAGCUGGAGCAGCUGGGCUAUACCCAGCGAUUGGACACGCUGACCUUGCUGCGGUUCCUGCGUGCUCGCAAGUUCGACGUUGAGGCGUCCAAGUCCAUGUUCGUGACCUCUGAGAAGUGGCGGAAGGAGUUCGGCACCGAUGACUUGGCGGGCACUUUCAACUACGAGGAGAAGGCAAAGGUGUUUGAGUACUAUCCGCAGUACUACCACAAGACGGACAAGGACGGACGGCCCGUCUACAUUGAGAAGCUCGGCAAGAUCGACCUCAACGCCAUGUACAAGAUCACGACCGGCGAGCGCAUGCUACAGAACCUGGUCACCGAGUACGAGAAGCUGUCAGACCCGCGGUUGCCCGCCUGCUCGCGCAAGGCCGGCCAGCUGGAGGAGACUUGCUGCACGAUCAUGGACCUGAAGGGUGUCGGCAUUACCAGCGUCCCCUCCGUGUACGGCUACGUGCGCCAGGCCUCUGACAUCUCGCAGAACUACUACCCAGAGCGUCUGGGUAAGCUGUACCUCAUCAACGCCCCCUGGGGAUUCAGCAGCGUCUUCAGCGUCGUCAAGGGCUUCCUGGACCCCGUCACCGUCAACAAGAUCCACGUCCUGGGUAGUGGUUACCAGAAGGAGCUGCUGCAGCAGGUCCCCGCUGAGAACUUGCCCGUUGAGUUCGGCGGUACCUGUGUGUGUGAGGGUGGCUGUGAACUCUCGGACAUGGGUCCCUGGCAAGAUCCCGAGUGGGCUCGCACCCCCAAGUGGGCUCUUCCCAAGGAAGGUGGUGAGGCUGUUGUUCACAACGAGGACCCGGGCAUUGAGAAGCCCGAGGCCAGCGCAUAA